AUGGCUAGUGAUGAUGAAGAUGAGUACCUUUAUGGCUCAGAUGAAGAUAAGCCUGAACCAAAGGAAAAUGCAGCAAAAGAAGAAGACAAACCAAAUGAUAAAGAACCAAGUGCACAAGAAGAUGAUGGUGAUGGCGAUGAUGAUGAUGAUGAUGAUGAUGAUGCUGAUGAUGCUGAUGAUGAUGAUGAUGAUGAUGAGUCUUCCGAUGACGACUUUGAACUUAUUGUCAAUGCCCCCGAUGAAAAACAAACAACCUCUAUAGAGGUCACUAGUGACGAUAAAAAGUCUUUGGAAGCAGGUGGAACACCCACUGGAGCAUCCACAACUACCAAUAAAGAAUCAGCAACCGUUACAUUAACGGCUGGUCAGGAGUCUCAAGCGGGGUUGGAUAUCAAUCAGGUAGCAUUGUUCGAAGGGAAACCCCUAACACAACUUGAUCUUGAAGCAUUAAAGGAUAAGCCUUGGCGAUUACCAGGGGCAGACACCACUGAUUAUUUCAAUUACGGGUUCAACGAAUUCACCUGGAUCGCGUACUGCUCGAAACAAGAUAAGCAGAGGGGACAAAAUUCAGGUAUCGUGGUGCCUCCCAAUGCGAUGGCCGCCGCUGCUGGGGUUAUUCCAAAUCCUGUUGUUGCUGCCGCCGCUGCUGCCGCCGCCGCGGGUGUUACUCCUGCUCCGCACAAUUUCGGGUUCCCUCCAGUACCGGGUCUUCCAGCAAUGCCAGUUGGUGGAUCUGGUAUGCCUCCAUUGGGUGCUUUCCCUCCGGGAUUCCAAAACUUUAUGAGCCAGAUGAGCCAGAAUAUGGGUAAUUUCAAUAAUAAUUCUAAUUAUAAAAGCAAUAACAAUCAAAAUUUCAAUAAUGGCAAUUACGAUGACAAUUAUCAGGGCGGUGAAAAUGGUUACAACAAUAAUGGUGAGUACAAUGAUGAAUACAAUAAUGAAUACAACGAUGGUUAUGAUAACGACGGGUAUAAUGGAGGCUAUAAUGAUGGCUAUAAUGUAACAGAUAAUUAUAAUGGAGAUUAUAACGAACAAAGCGGACAGAUGGAUAUGACUAAAUCAUCGUCAUCCGAGCCUCCAUCAUCACUCCCGUCAUCCAUUCCGGCGCCUCCAACUCAAAAACAAUCGUCGCCUACUCCUGGUAAUUCCAGCAAUAUCGGCAGCACCCCAAUACCAAUAGGGCUUCCAGAUUUACCGGCUCGCCCAACAGAUAAAAGUAGCACUUCACCGAUACCAACGGUCCCUGCGAAAGAAUUGGAAAGAAUAAAAAGAGAACAAGAGCGGGAAAGGCUCCAAAGAGAACGAGAAAAAAGCCAAGAGGAUGUUGACAAGAGAGAUAGAGCUCAAGGUGGCUACAAUAACGGGUAUCGUAGUGACCGACGCAAUGUUAGAGGAAGAAGAAGGGCUUAG